CCCAAUACAAAGGUGUGGCCUUGUGGCUGUUUAAAUGGAAAAAGAGGAACCUUCGUGGAAAGCUGCUAUAUUGUCAUCAUUACUUGAACGCGAUAUUGUUGAAAAGUCUUUUUUUAAUGAAAUUUUUGCUCAGUACAACUCAAAUAAGGAACUUGUGGUACAACUAAAGGGAGAAAACACACGGCUUGUACGUGAGUUAACAUUAUGUCAACAAGAAAAGUCUACGGUACAGCUUGAAUUUGAAAAAAUGUAUGUUUUCUUCAUUUGAUACAAAAAUCUUUAGAAAGUCCGUCAAAUCAUACGAUUAUGAACAGAAAGUGUUUCAUCUUCAAGAAGAGGUUACUGAGUUACAUCGUCAAAAAGGGAAUCUGGCGCAAAAUGUCAUUGAUUUAAACCGAGUCCUUCAGGAAAAAGACACUUUGCUUCAGUCAAAGUCUUUGAAGAUUUCAGAGUUGGAGGAGUGCCUUAAAGCUAACCAAAAGCAGAAUCAUCACCUGAUGGAUAAGGUUAAGGAGCUGGAAGAAACUAAAGAAUUGCUUACAGAUGAACAGGCUUCACACCUAAUGGCCAUGAAGGCACUAGAAACUAAAAACAGACAACUUGAAGAUGACAACCUGCAACUUAUAAAAAGAGUCAAGUCUCUACAAAAUACUGUUGAAAGGUUGAAGAAUAUAGAGUAUGAUAUACAGUAUAGAAAAACUCAAGAAACUAUCCGUAAGAAUCUUCAAGAUGCAGUUAAUUCAACCAUAUUCGUCACUGAUGGUGAUCGUUUGGAUAAACCAUUACCUUGCAAGUCUGCACUUCCACGUAAUGUUGCUGUUAAAAUAGAUGCUAAUGAAAGUGAAGUUAACAGUGUCCGAUUCACUCCAUCAGGCCAUAUUUUCGGAUCAGCAGGAUUUGAUCGUAAACUGCGGUUAUGGACGUUCCUAAACGGAAAGUGUGAAGUCCAUUCAACCCUCGUUGGUUGUAAUGCUGCUGUUACGGCUAUAGAUUUCGAUCCGAAUGUAGAUGGCUAUUUAUUGUAUAGUCUGAGUCAGUACAGAAAUGAUCUUAUAUUUAGAAAGAUCAAUCCAUGCCUUAGUGUAUCGGAACAAGGGCCGUUUGAUGUAAUCCUCCAUAAAAUACCGGAAUUUUUAAGCAGGGAUUACAGUUCGAAAGGUCAAAAAAUCAUUGACGAUUUUAUUAACUAUGCAGAGACUAAUCCGGAUGUUAUAUAUAUAGACCACCCAGCGUCAUUGAAAUGUUUGUUAACUCGGUUUGACCAAUUUUGCCUGCUGCAAGACAUUAUAGGGACGUUGGAUAUGAAAAAUGAAAUAUUUGUGCCCAAAUUCUGCCUCCUACUACAAAACGAUCCCAAUAAAUUAUGUGAGAUUGGUAUUUCUUACCCUAUAGUUUGCAAGUCAAUAAUGGCUCAUGGAAAAGACAGUGUACACAAGAUAGCUAUUGUUUUCAAUGAAUCAGGCUUAGAUAGUUUAACAUACCCUAUAUUUGUUCAGCAAUUUAUCAAACAUAACGGAAAAGUUAUUAAAUUAUUUGUAAUUGGUGAUCACAGUUGUGUUACUGAAGUUCCUUCCAUCAAGAAUCACGACAAAUCUGAUAGAACUCCAAUAUUUUUCCAUUCACAUAGUGUUUCAAAAGAUGCUUGUCAGUCGCCUUUAUCUGAAUUGACCUUAUUCGACCAACAAACGAGUACUCCACAUGAUGAGUCUCUAUUCAAUAUGUUGGCACAAGAAAUUCGCAAAACGCUAAAAAUCGAUUUGUUCGGUAUAGAUCUCGUCUGUGCAACCGAUGAUUCCACAUCUAAUACUCUCUCGAAAUCAAACAAAUACGCUAUCAUCGACUUAAAUAUUUUCCCAAGCUACAAGAACGUUCAUGGGUUCUUAUUUUAUUUAGAAAAUCUAAUCAGGGAAAAACUCUCCUUGCCCUUACUUUCCAAUGAUAGUAACGACGUCCAGAAAUAA